AUGACCACGGACGACUAUCCGGUUGACGAUGCCCUCAUCGGCAAGGUGACAUCCUACGUUGAGCAGUACAUGUCCAACUAUGACGCAUCUCACGACUUCAACCACAUCAAGCGAGUCCUCCGCCUCUCUCACCACAUUCAAUCCCACACACCUUCAGCACGUCGGUCGCUGGUCACACUGGCCGCACUACUCCACGACGUCGGCGACAAGAAGUACCUCCGUCCCGGCGAGGACCCAUCCCGCAUGGUAUCCUCGGUGCUCGUCUCUUUCGGCGCACCGCAGGCCCUCGCCGACAUCGUCCAGGCCAUCUGCCUCGGCGUCAGCUACUCCGCCGAAGUGAAGGACCCAGCGCGCACGCGGGCUCUAGUGGAGACAUAUCCGGAGCUGGCCAUCGUGCAGGACGCCGACCGGCUGGACGCCAUCGGCGCGGUGGGGAUCGCAAGGACGUUUGCGUUUGGGGGUGCUAAGAGCCGGACAUUGGAGAAUACUAUGGAACAUUUUGACGAUAAGCUACUGUUGCUUGAGGGCAUGAUGAAGACGGAUGAGGGGAGGAGAAUGGCUCGGGAGAGGACGGAGAGGUUACGACUGAUGAAAGAGUGGUGGCAGGAGGAGACAGCAGAGUGA